AAAACUAACACACCAGUCAGGUCUGGUUGACAGUAAACAGAGUCAGUUUUGCUGCUAUGAUUCAAACCUUUACACAGAAGCAGCAAUAGAAAAAAGACUCACACUCUCCGGCUUGCUUUUGAAGUAAAAUAUUUGCAGCUGCUCUUAUUUUGAUUACCUGUGGAAUACAUAUCUUGCAAGGAACUUACAGUGAAGGCUUUGGUGACAUGUGGAGGACAGUGGCUCAGAUCCUGGGGCUUCUGGUGUCCAUACUGGGCUGGGUCUUUGUGGCCUGCACCCUCGCCAUGGACCACUGGAGGGUGGCCCAGCUGGGAGGCCAAGGGGGCUCCUCUGUGGUGACAGUGGCCUGGUACUGGUCCAACCUGUGGAGGGACUGCUAUGAGGACUCCACAGCUGUAAUCAACUGUGUAGAGUUCAAGGUGCUGUGGACGGUGAAAUCACACAUCCAGACAGUGCUGGGGCUCCUGCUGACUGGCCUCAGUCUUGGGCUGGUAGGCACAGUGCUCGCAUUUUUUGGGAUGGAGUGCACGCACAUCGGCGGAGACCAGAGAACUAAAGACAAAUUAUUAAUAACGUUGUCCGCUUUCCAUUUGGUCGGCUGUGUUUCAGACGCGGCUGGCUACUGUUUAUACAUAAACAGAGUUGCUGCGGCCUUUUUACACACCAAAGCAGACCCAUCAAAAUUGAGCUAUGAUAUUGGAACACCACUCUACCUUGGGCUGGUGGGGAGUCUCCUCAUUUUCCUCGGUUGUACACUUAACUGUGCAUCUACACGCAGAGUAACUCAUCCAGAAAGGUAUCCCAUGGUUCGCUUCAUCAGAGUUGGAGACAUUGCCACAGGAAAAAACAGCCUCUAUGGGAAACCACUGUCAAUAAAAUCAAACUGUCCCUACAACUUCUCGCCUUACAACACGGCCACUAGUAGCAUUGUGAUUGUGUAACACUACAAAAUAACAUCAUAUGAUCUGUUUAUAUUGCCACAUAAAAUGUCAGGUACGUGUCUACUGGACUGCAAAUGUAAAUGUGUUAUAGUCUCAAGCGAAAGAGUUUGCCUUCAGGGAUCAAUCCUAAAUAAUAAAGAAUUAUAUAAUGAUCAA